UUUGGAUUCUAUUCAGAGUAGCAACAUCAAUGCGGUGUUCCAUUGUUUUCAUAUUUUUGGCGAUAACCUUUGGGCGAUCUCUGUCCCAGCAUUGUGAGAUGGAUGAAUCUCAACACGAGUGCGGAGGCUACUGUUACGGAGCUGUGAAACCGGUCCUGGAGUACCUCGCCAUCCUGCAAAAGCGAGUGGAGUCCUGUGAGGCCAAGCAACCGGCUGACAUACUCUCGAAGUUAGCCCUAAUGGACGAAAAGUUGGAGAGUUUGGCAAUCCAGCAGGAUUUAGAAAAAAGAUCAACGGCAAAAUCUCAGGAAUUAGAGCUACAAGUGGCAGCCGUGCGGCAAGAAAUGGUCGAACAGAUAGAGACUCUGCAGGAGCUGGAAAAGAGCUCACAGGAAAAAUUUAAUAAAUUGGACGAAAAAUGUCAGAAAUUAGAGCUGCAACAGGCAUCCGAUCGUAAAGAAAUAGAAACAGAACUUAAAAAUAUCGAUCUCUUCAAAAAAAUAGGUACGAAAUACUAUUAUAUAGAAGAUAAAAUGGAUGAAAGAACGAACUGGCAGGGUGCCCUCGAUAACUGCCAUGAAAUGGGGGCCCAUUUGGUGAGUCUGCAAAGCGAGGAUGAGUUGAAGGCACUCCGUAGGUUUCUGGAUUCGGACCACAUCUAUUGGAUAGAUCUGAACGAUAUAGAAACAGAAGGCGAGUAUAUUUCGGCCACUACUGGUAUCCAGGGAACCUUCUUCCACUGGCACGAAAACGAACCCAAUAACUUUGGGAACGGUGAGCGUUGCGUCGAGCUAAAUACAUACCUAAAUGGCAAGGAAGGUUGGAUGAACGACGUACCAUGCAGUCAGUCUCAUGACUUUAUCUGUGAGAUGGCUUUUUGAUUGUGGAUUUCGAUCAUAUUAUAAGUAGUGUGAAACGCACAACUCAAUAAAAAGAGUAGAACAUUUACUGUGGGUGUGAAAAUGA